AUGAAUACUGAUUAUGAAGAUUAGGAUGAAAAUAAUAUAGAUGAUCUAGAAAACUUAGACAUUAGUAAAGUAAUUUAAUCCAAGUAUAAAUAAAGGAGAGUUGGGAUGUAAAUGUAAUGCUUAUACAUCUUAAGAUCGCAAUAUUAAUAAAGAGAGCAUUAAAAAGUCAGAUAAAAUCAAAUUGUACCUGAUCUUGAAAAUCAACCUAUUUAAUAAACAUAAAUCAAUUAAACAACUUAAUCAGAAGUAUUAGUUUCGCGAUCUGAUAACUAAGAGAACGACUAGAAAUUGAUUACAUUUAGAUGUCAAAACAAUCUAAAUCAUUAAAUAAAAGAAAAACCAAAAAAGAAUUAAAGUAAAUUUAUAAUUUGAAAUAAGAAACUUGUUUUACCUAAUAUAAUUAAUGCAGAAUUUGUGGAGAUGGAGAUUCUGAUUAAUGUCCUUUAAUUAAAGCUUGUGAAUGCGUAAGGUCGAGAUAUUAUGUUCAUGAAGAGUGUUUAAAACAGUAAAUUUUGGAUGAAUAUAACUACAAAAUAAGAGGAGCUAAAUGUUCUUCAUGUUAAGUCUAAUUCAAUAUGAUAAUAGAGGGAAACUUUAUUUUUCUACCUGUAAAUUAUAGUUCUUAUAUAUAUAAAGAGGUUAGGUUGGUAGUAAAGUAAAGAUAAAAUUCCAUUAUUUUGUUUAAUCACUUUCCAACUUGUACUUGUGGUGAUUGUUAUUUUAUUAUCAAUUAGAUUGUAAAUUUAUUAAUUAAGAUUUAGAACAUCAAUUUAGGAAACUAAAAAUAGAUAAAACUUUCUAAAUUCUAAAGUGUUUAUCAUUCUUUUUAUAGCUAUUUGCUGCAUCAUAAGCAUAAUUUUAGUUUGGUUAAUUACAAUGAUUAUGAGAAAUAUACUUUAUGUAGAAAAAAUUACUAAAUGGAAGAUCAUCCCCUAUCUUAUCAAAUAACCAUCAUUUACGAUGCCAUAAAAUAUAGAAAUUAAUAAUAAAGGAAUAUUAUAACUUUAAUAAAUGAUCCAAUAACAACAAGAAUAAACUCAUACAAAUGAAGACCUAACAAAAUCAGAAUAUAUUAAUACGACUAAGACUCAAUAUAAAAGAUAUUUUACUUCCCUAAAAUUAAAGUAAUAAGAUAGUUUGAUUUCUUGA